AUGCCAUCUCGAAAUGCCUCUCACUCUGGAUCCUGGUACUCAGAUAAUGCCCGCACCCUAGCCCGUCAGCUAGAUGGCUGGCUGGGACAAGUGCCAGAUACGAUGGACAAGGUCGGCUCGCUACCGACUCCAGGGGCCAGAGUUGUCAUUGCACCGCAUGCGGGUUAUUCCUACUCGGGGCCUUGUGCAGCAUACGCAUACAAGGCGCUAGAUCUCUCCCAAGCCAAGCGAAUCUUUAUCCUAGGACCAUCACACCAUGUCGCGCUGGCUACUCUGGCUCUUCCAACACUGACUUCCUACCGUACCCCACUCUCCGAUGAACCUCUGCCACUAGACACCGAGCUGAUCACCCAGCUUCUUGAUACCCAGGCAACCAGACCCGACGGAUCAAAGGUCAGCUUUACCUCCAUGUCGCGCUCUGUCGAUGAGGACGAGCACAGCAUCGAGAUGCACUUGCCCUACCUCCACCGUUUGCUCCAACUCCAAUACCCUGAUUCUCCAGCCUCCGAAUACCCACCCUUAGUCCCGAUCAUGGUCGGAAACACCUCGGCUGCGACAGAGCAAGCGUUUGGGGCCCUCUUAGCUCCUUACCUGGCGGACCCGUCCAAUGCCUUCGUCAUCAGUUCGGAUUUCUGCCAUUGGGGUGCGCGGUUUCGCUACACAUACUAUGUUCCACAGGCGCCCCGGCCAGGCCCACAACUUCCAUUAUCUGGUGAUAAACUCCCACAGCCUGGAACAGAUGCAGGUAGCGUCAACCAGGCCAUUGAAAUGGUCUCAGCUGGUCAUGCCUUGCGACAACGCGAUCGCAUCUCCAGCCGGGAACCUACCAUCCACGAGAGUAUCUCGGCAUUUGACAUGGCGACCAUGUCGGCCAUUACAACAGGAUCUGCAAAGACCUUCCUUGAUAUUAUUGAACGCACGGGUAACACAGUAUGCGGGCGCCAUCCGAUUGGGGUAAUUAUGGCAGCCCUAGAAAUCGUGACAACCCGAGCAGCCGACGAGCAAGGACGCUUCUACUUUCUGCGAUAUGAGCGUAGCUCGGAUGUAGAAGAGGUUGAGGAUAGCUCAGUGAGCUAUGUUUCUGCCUUCGCAGUGCUUUAA